AUGUGUCCCCGUGUCUACUUCAUGACCUCUUUGACCUUCUGGUUCCUGAUCGCCGGGGUGACCGCGUCCGUCGUCGUGUCGGCCCUGCACAGUUUCCGCGGUUGCGCAGUACGGGAGUUCUCUUUCGUGGCACAGAAGCCAGGCUGCAGGAGCCUGCGCGUGCAGACAGAGGCGUGCUGGGGUCGCUGUCACACCUGGGAGAGACCUGUGGUGGGGCCACCGUAUAUCCAGAGGCACCACCGCGUCUGUACCUACAGCCGGAUGCGUUACGUGACUGUCCGUCUGCCGGGUUGCCGUGCCAACGUAUCCCCCCUGUACCAUUAUCCUCAGGCUCUCCAGUGUGAAUGCACCGUCUGCUCCACCAACCAUACUGAAUGUGAGACCCUUUGA